AUGCUUUCAACUCAUCAACCAGCAGUUGUUGUGCCCAAAGAAGAGUCUGUCCAACAGUUUGACUUUUUCGAGGCUCUUUCUCUCACUCCACAGAAGGAGCCAUUCACAAUAGGCACCGAGGAGCUCCUCUCCGGGCCUGUCACUGUUUUCCACCCGAUCGAUCCGAUCACGCCGAAAUCAACUCCUCCUUUGGCAACGCCGGUUCCCAAAGCCGCAAGCACCACUAAUAUUGAAACCACUUCGAAUUCGCAGCCGACUAUCAAAAAACCUGCCAAAAUGUCGCGCCAGGCGUCGAAAGCUCUCGUCAAAUGCAGCGAGCUCUGUCAUGUCGUUGCUGCUAACGGAGAUCGCACCUCCGUUCGCAUGCUCGAAUAUCUGACGACAGUCAAGCAACUUUCAACAAACUUCGAUCGUUUAGCGCACUUGUUCCUUGAUACCUGCCAAAUUCUGUUUUCCAUCGAAGCUGGCCUCGCAGAAUGUGGACGCUCGACUCCCGAACUACCACCCGAUGUGGUUGUAGAACUGGACAAGAAGCUCCGGGUUGCUCAGUCAGACUUCAAUAUCCUAGAUCAGAUGCUCAGCAAGCUCCUAGAAUAUGAGCGCAAGGGCACCAUGGGAAAGAUGAGACGCGGAUGGGGCAAGAUAUUCGGAGACACAGACGUCGACAAAAUGACGUCGGUUCUCGAACGCACAAAAGAAGGCCUCAGAAUGAGCGCGCUGUUGUUCCAGUGGACCUUGGGUACCGAAAAGAUUGAACGCGGUAUGGGUAUUGGGUUUACUGGACUGGCUGCGGCAUUGGAUAGGCUUGACGACAACUCCGGUCGCGUUAAGGUGAAGGCUUCCGAGCCGGACCUGUCGCGUCAUCGUCCGUCUCCUUUGAAUCAUGGGUUGCUGGCUGUUGAUGGACAGCAUCAGCAAAUGCUAGCUUCUUCGGCUGCGUGGAGCGAAAGAUCGUCUUCUCGCCGCCCUGACUCUAGCUUAGGAAACAAGCCCUUCCCAGCUUCGCGUGGCCCGUCCGACGACAUUCUUCACCACUAUAGCAUGACUACCCCAAGCUCGAUAAUAUCUAACGAGAGAGCGAACUCUGCCGUUGUCCCAGCUUUUGACCGAGCUAGUACCAUUGGAGAUGCAUCUUCGCACACCGGCACUACAGAGUCAGAUGCGCUCCUAGAGGAAUUGGCUGGUAUGGAACUUGGAAAGUCAAAGGCCGUCAGGCUCAAGGUUGAUCCAUUUACAAUGCCACGCUGGACGCCUCGCAGCACGGGAGGCUCAGAUGCCGAGAAUCUCAGAGGCAGCAUUGUCUCCGCUGUUCGUGGAAAGAAUCAUAAGUUGAUCGAGCAGUUGCUGGAUAGAGGAGUGCCUCCCCAUGCCGCCCUGACGGAGGCUGUAAAUCUCCAUGAUUCCGAAAGUAUUCGACUCCUGCUUCUCUUCGGAGCAGACCCCAACGAAGCAGACGCAGCUGGUAUCACGCCGCUCUUUGCAGCUGUCCAGAAGAUGUUUUUCUCUGGAGCAAUUACCCUUCUCAAGUACGGAGCGGACCCGAAUCUCUUGGCCGGGGCGGAGUUGGAAUCUCCGCUCACAUCCGCCAUCACGACCAAUAAAGUCAGCUUGUCGCAUCUCAUGCUAAUGUACGGUGGCGAUUUGUCACAAGCUACUCCGAAUGGCAACACGCUGCUCAUUGCAUCGAUCAACAAGAAAACACCAAAGAGGAUGAUUGACAUUCUACUCCACUACGGGGUCGAUCCAAACGAGAAGAACAGGGAAGGCAAGACGGCCCUCUUCGAGGCAAUCAACGCUGGUCGGGUUGACAUUGUGAGCAGUCUUUUAAGCCACGGAGCGGAUCCGAACCUCCCUGGUCCUAAACAUAUGCUUUGGCCGGCUGCACACCAGACGCCUUGCCUACAACUGCUUCUUAGCCACGGUGCCGACCAUAAGAGAUGUCCCGGUAUCAUGGAAUUGGCAACCAGUCUCAACAAUAUCGAGGCUGUCCGCGUGCUCUUGAAAGCUGGAGUGGACCCUAAUGCCAAGAAGGACGGUGUUUAUACUCCCCUUUGCACGUCAAUUCGCGACAAUAGAAUGGACAUAUUCCAGUUACUGCUCAGCAGUGGCGCUGAUCCAAACGUCUCGGCCAUCGAGUAUCCUGCUUUCAAGUGCGUUACGCAUAAUCGUGUCCACCUACUGCCACCACUUGUGACUGCAGGUGCAGACUUGCAUUCUCCCAAAGGAAUCAUGGAGACGGCAGUCAGCUCGAACAAUAUGGAAGCGCUGUCGUGGCUGUUGGAUCAGGGCCUUGAUCCAAAUGAGAGAACUCCCAAGGGAUACUCCCCCCUGACAACCGCCAUUCGGGAAACCCGCAUGGAAAUGAUUGAAGUCCUGCUUGCCAGAGGAGCUGACCCCAACAAGCGAGGUCAAGAUUGGCCAGUGUGCAUGGCAGUGCGAAGCCCACCAAUUCUUAGGCGCAUCCUGUCGGUACUUGCUGAGCCACGCGCAUACAAAGGUGUCUUGGAAAUGGCAGUGGCGGCAGGUCAGAUUGAGUCUGUCAAGCUGUUGCUCGCAGCAGGUGUUUCGGUAGAGGAUAAGAAUGGCGGAGUUUUCUCUCCAUUGACCACGGCUAUUCGUGAAGACAUGAAAGAGAUGGUCGAAUUCCUCAUCACCGAUGGCCAUGCAGAUCUAAAUGCUCCUGGUGAGCAUCUCCCCAUUGUCAAGGCCGUCAGAAGGUGUCGUGGCGACGAUACCGAAAUUCUGGAAAUGCUCCUCAACAAGGGCGCCAAUCCCAACAAGGUGUACCGCGGCUGGAACGCUUUCAUGCAGGCCGUCGAAAAUGGCGAUAUGAGAAUACUAAAACUAUUAAGUAGCAAGUUCAGCGUUGACCUAGAGGCCAGGGAUGAUCAGGGGCGAAACGUCAUUGACAUUGCCUCCUCUCGAGGCUGGGAAGAGGCGGUUAAUAUUCUGCUGGAGGGUAAUUUCAGACUUUAA